CUCGAAUCCAGUCCUAUGCAGCGCUUGGGGGUGGGAUGUACACUUUUGGGUGCACGUUUUGAUGCGACCUGGUUGUGUCUACAACGUAAUGCAGUAUCUUCCAAGGUUGCCCCUAUACUUCUUAAAUUUCUAUGUGAUCGCACUCUAUUGUAGUACCAUAUUUUGUCUGUAUCCUUUUACGACCCGACAAGCAACCUCCCAGGCCUUUCCAAGGUUCCGUUGCUAUACCCACCCACUUCACAAUGGCUUUAGGGUCGUUCGUGGAGUUGAUCCAAACCUGUUGCGGUAUGACAGUAAACGCCUAUGAGGCUGGCAAAAUCGUACUCGAGCUGUUGCGAAAGAACCCCCAGAUUCCUUUGGCGGCAUGGAACCUGUUCAAAUCAUGGCAAGCAUGGAAUCUCAAGCUGAAGACAGCCAAGAACUGUUUCCAGGGGAUACGUGAUGGACUGAUGACACGAGGUCCACUACUCCCCGCGGAUAUCCACAAUAGCAUAAACAUGGUCUUCCUGGACUAUCAAUCUUGGUUGAGAGAAGCUACAGCUUUCACCCGGAGACAACAAAAGCUCAAGCCUCCGUCAAUGAAUGAAGAUUCCAUACGCGAAUAUGGAGCAGCCAUACAACUGCAAGUCGAAAAGCUGAAUGCUGUUCAAAAGGCUUUUGACUAUGCUACAGCGGCUCCUGCAGAGCAGCGAAUGUAUUUUGCAGAAGCGACGAAACAAAUUCCGUCACUAUGCUAUGCGUCAAUCGAAAACGCAUUGGAGGGGUUGAGAGAGAGCUCAGAGAUAUCUCUUCCUUCAUCCCGGCUCCAGCAUCGACCUUCGACUUCGACUUCAUGGCUACCAUCGCGACGCCCCCAAACCAAAUACUCUCGAGAGCUCAUCAAAGCUGCAUGCAACAAUGCGGUAGAUCUCAUGAAGCAUUGCAUAAACAACGGGGCCAACAUCGACCACCAGUCUACAGCUAAAGAGUUGAAGGAUGCUGGAAUGGCAGCACUCCAUGCAGCAACCGCAGGAGGUCAUCUACUAGCGGUAAAGCUGCUUGUGGAUUACAAAGCAAACAUCAACAUACGGAUGCCUGGCGGGUACACCGCUUUGCAUCUAGCCGUCAGGAGAGGCUACUCCGAAGUCGUGCGAUUUCUGAUCAACAAAGGCGCGGACCUUGACGCGACAGACGAUGUUGGACAGACUCCUUUGACAGAAUCCCCAAAUGAAGCUAUACAGCUCAUUCUUCUCGAUGCCGGAGCAAAUCCCGACAUUCCUGGACACGAUCUGAACACUGCACUUCAUUACGCUGCAAGCUUUGGCUGGGUAGAGGCCGUUCGAAGUCUCGUAAAUCAUCGCGCCAAUAUCCAUGCUUGCAACAUGAAUGAGCAAACGCCCCUGUGGCUUGCUUGUUCAAAGCCAAAAGUUGCUGUCACCAAAGCUGAUGCGAUAGCUGUUAUAUUGCUCAUCGCAUCGGCCUCGCCCAAUGCCAUCUCAAAGAUCGGAGGGACGUCCCCAUUCCAUGAGGCUAUAAGACAGGGUCGUCGAGGACUAUUGGACAAACUUAUUGAGAGCGGCGCUGAUACAAUGUCUUCGACUGAAGAUAAUCAAUACCCACUCCAUCUGGCUGCCAGGCUUCCUGAUCCGACCAUACUAGAGGAAUUGUGCCCGUUUUACCAGGAAAUCGACCUUCUGGGUGGCCCUGAGGGAAACACCGCCUUGAUUCAAGCAAUUAUGACUCGCCAUGUCGAAAACGUCAAGGUGUUGGUGAGAUACAAUGCGAGCCUCACGGUAAGAACGGAGAAAGGUGAAUUUCGAGGCCACUGCCCGUUACAUCAUGCGUUCCGUGUCGGUGUGGUGUCUCAAGCGGUCAUAUUGUUGAAGUUGCACCUGAGGAAACGUAUCCCAAUUCAACAAAACGACACAGUCUCUGGAACACUCCCCAUUCACUGGGCUGCUCAUCCCGAUAUCGUAGAUUACUGGGUCAAGGCACAAGGAUCUGUCCACGAAAUCGAUAACGACAAGAAUACUCCUUUACAUUGGCUGGUCCGAUGGGCUAAUAUCAGCGUGAUUAAACGACUAGUAUCACACGAAGCCAACGUCAAAGCAAGAAACAAGAAUGGUUGGAUACCUAUUGAGUUCCUGUGUUACGAUAAACGUUACUAGUCGUCUACUUCCCAAAAGCAGUCUUCUGUUCACAUAAACGAGGGUAGACGAGCUGUACUCCAGUUUCUAAAAAGGUACACGUAGUUUACACCCAGAUGCAGGCAGUUUAUUAAAGAUUGGAAAAAUCGUAAAUUACAAGAGGAUUUUACGCUCUUGUUUCCAGAGAAAGCGCUAUUAACACAGGCGGCAGGGUAUACUGCAGAGCUGGCAGGGACUACUAUAGAACAGACUCUAAGGUAUACUGCAACAUAGCUACCAGGUAGGCCCUUAAGUUAGUUAUGUUAAUUACGUUACAAAGCAAAGAAAUAUUAUCGCGACUAAAAUACUAAUUAACUAAUUACUUAGUACAUAGCUUAUAACUAUAUAAACCUACUAUAAUAAAUAUUAUUUC